AAGUUGAGUUACCUAUCGUUACAUACGUCAUACGUCACCAAAAAAUUGGCCGUCAAAUAUUGCAAAAAUUCCUUUAUUAAUAAACAAAUAGUUAAUAGUUGCAAGUUGUUGUUGUAAUUUAUAGUAUUUUUCUUUAAAAAUAUAUGUUGUUGCAUUUAUUGCAACCUGCACCUGUAUGCUAUCAUCAAGUUCUCCAAUAACUUUUGCGGGGAGUAGUAGUAGCGGUACAAUGCAACAACAGUCCAAUGCCUUUGCAGCCUAUGGCGAGCACAGGGGCGGUGUCCAGACAGGCUUGGACAUUGAAUAUGGCACAGAUCCAGCCAGUGGUUCCAUAUUUAAAUAUGAUGGGCGUAAGCAUGACGACUUGAAGCAAAUGUUGGAUAGCAACAAAGAUGGCCUGAAAUUGGAGGCCAUGAAACGCAUAAUCGGCAUGAUUGCCCGGGGGCGAGAUGCAAGUGAUCUAUUUCCGGCUGUUGUGAAAAAUGUAGUUUCGAAAAAUAUUGAGGUGAAGAAGUUGGUGUAUGUCUAUUUGGUGAGGUAUUGUGAGGACCAACAAGAUUUGGCCUUGCUUUCGAUAAGUACCUUUCAAAGGGCUCUAAAGGAUCCCAAUCAGUUGAUAAGAGCCUCGGCCUUGAGGGUUCUCUCCUCCAUACGGGUGACAAUGAUUGUGCCCAUUGUUAUGUUGGCCAUCCGAGAUAGUGCCAGUGAUAUGAGUCCCUAUGUUCGUAAGACGGCCGCCCAUGCAAUACCGAAAUUGUUUUCCGUUGAUCCAGAGCAGAAAGAUGAACUGGUUACAGUGAUUGAAAAAUUGCUAUCGGAUCGCACAACUUUGGUUGUGGGCUCGGCAGUAAUGGCUUUUGAAGAGGUUUGUCCUGAACGCGUCGACCUGAUCCACAAGAACUAUCGCAAACUGUGCAAUCUCCUGGUCGAUGUGGAUGAAUGGGGCCAGGUGAUUAUCAUUAACAUGUUGACACGCUAUGCCCGCACCCAGUUUGUGGAUCCCAAUGCCGAUGAAGCCUCCGACGAAGAUAACGCACAAGAAUCCAACAAGAAAUUCUAUGAUGAUGAUUCUGAAACGGAAACCAACGAUGAUAGUGAUGGCGGCGAGGAUGCCAAAAAGUCCUCAAAACAGCAGACAUCCAAAACCAAAUUAAAAUCUCCUAACUCUUCUCCCUCAUCCAGUUACCAUGUGGAUUUGGACCAUCGCUUGUUGCUGAGGCAAACAAAACCUUUGCUGCAAUCCCGCAAUGCCUCGGUGGUAAUGGCUGUGGCCCAGCUAUAUCAUCAUGUGGCUCCCCGUCAGGAGGUACAAAUUGUGGCCAAAUCUCUGAUACGUUUGCUGCGUUCCCACAAAGAGGUACAAAGUGUGGUCCUAACCUGCAUUGCCUCAAUGUCGACAAAGAGAAAGGCCAUUUUUGAGCCCCACAUAAAAUCGUUUUUUGUGCGCACAAGUGAUCCUACCCACAUUAAGUUGCUGAAAUUGGAAAUCCUCACAAAUCUGGCCUCGGCUGCCAGCAUAUCGUUGAUACUGCGCGAAUUCCAAACCUAUAUUUCCAGUAGUGAUCGCUCCUUUGUGGCCUCAACAAUUCAGGCCAUUGGACGAUGUGCAGCUUCCAUUAAAGAGGUAACGGAGACUUGCCUCAGUGGUCUCGUCCAUUUGCUGUCGAAUCGUGAUGAACAUGUGGUGGCCGAAAGUGUUAUUGUCAUCAAGAAUCUGUUGCAAACUAAGGCGGCUCAACACUAUGAAAUUAUUUCCCAAAUGGCAAAGCUAUUGGAUUUCAUUAAGGUACCAGCAGCCCGUUCCUCAAUUCUAUGGCUAAUUGGGGAAUACAACGAAAAAGUGCCCAAAAUAGCACCAGAUGUCCUACGUAAGCUGGCCAAGAGCUUUGUCGAUGAGGAGGAUUCCGUGAAGUUACAGGUCCUGAACAUGGCCGUAAAGUUGUAUCUCACCAAUCCCCAACAGACCUCACUGCUGUGUCAGUAUGUCUUCACCCUGGCACGUUAUGAUGUUAACUAUGAUAUACGUGAUCGGGCACGUUAUUUGAAACAAUUCAUAUUCCCGGUGAACAGUAAAAGUGGUGUCCUGUCAGAGGCGGCCAAAAAGAUAUUUUUGUCUGCCAAGCCGGCCCCAACGUUGGAGAGUAAAUAUCACACGCGCAAUAACUAUCAGCUCGGAUCAUUGUCGCAUUAUUUGAAUAUGCGCUGCAGUGGUUACAAUGAUUUGCCCAGUUUCCCCGAACAAGGUUCGGAUCCCUCUGUGCGCAAUGUAGAAGGUUUUAUGCAUGAACCGAAAUUCGCCAAUAACAAUCAGCAGGAGCGUACACCCCUGAAAGACAACAACAAUGGCAAGCAAAAAACUAAAAACUCUACAUUCUAUUCCGAAUCGGAAGGAAAGUCUUCGGAAUAUUCCAACAAUUCAAGUGGCUCGUCAUCUUCAUCAUCUUCGUCGGAGGGUAGCUCCUCGUCCGGUUCUGACUCGGAGUCCGACGAAAAUGAAAAUGCCAAUAAACAACAAAAGGCUGCAGCAGCUGCUGUUGUUAGCUCCUCGAACACAAAGCAAGCACAAGUAAAUGCUUUGAACAACAAUGCAACUAAACAAAAUCGUAUACCAGCUGCCAACAAUGCCAAUGGUUCGGGUACUUCCGAUUCGGAAUCUUCAUCAUCGUAUGGCUCUUCAUCUUCUUCCUCUGCUUCAUCAUCUGAAUCGGCUAGUGAAAGUGAGGGUUCCGCCUCGGAGUCUGAAACGGACUCUGGACAACAUUCCGUUGCCAAGAACAACAAUAACAAAAAGACAAAUCAUCAAGCAGCUGCUGCAACAGGCGCCAAGAAGUCGGAGGCCAAAAGUAAUUUGGAUUUAUUACUCGAUUUGGAUGAUAUACCGCCCAUUGGGCCAGUGAUGACACCAUCCUUGGGUGGAUUUUUGACACCAGGCACCCCAAUGGCUGCUACGUUGAUGCCCCAAAAUGCUGCCAAUCGUUUGGAGCUUGUAGGACCCUCCUAUAUAUCCUACAACCACAAGGAAUUGCUGAACAAAUUAUCUGGCCAUGGCCUACAGGUUAGCUAUCGUUAUACCCGUUCACCACAUCUCUAUUCCUCUUCAAUGGUCUCGAUUGAAUUGCAAUUUGUCAAUCAAUCCGCUGAGGAAAUUUCAAAUAUACAAAUGGGACAAAAAUCUCUGCCACCUGGCAUGCAAAUGCAAGAAUUUGCCCCAGUGAAUCUGCUACAACCUGGACAGUGUGCCACCAGUAUUUUAGGAGUAGAUUUCAACGAUUCCACACAUGCUAUUGAUUUCGAAAUCACUUCGGAUAAGGGCACCUCACGUGUGGCUCUCAAACCCCUGAUUGGUGAACUAAUAAGAUCUGUACAGAUCAGCGAGACCAUGUUCAAGGAGGAACGCCUUAAAUUACGUGGCAUGAAUGAACAUCAAAUAAAGUUGAAGUUAAACAAUGAAAUUAUAAAACUGGCCACAUUGAAACAGAAAAUAUUUGAGUGUGUAAAUGUGGCCUAUUUGGCACAGUCUACAGAAAAUCCCCUGCACUAUUUUGUGGGUCAAACAAUGACUUCCAAAAGUUUGGUCUUGUUGUCGUGUGAUUGGUCAAAUAACGAUGAAUUGUUAAUUCAAGUGAACUGUGAGAAAAUGGUCAUUGGUUCAAUGGUUUUAAAUGAGCUUACAAAUUAUUUGAACACAACACUUAAAAACUGAGAAGGAAGAAAAGUAAUCUAUCCAUUUUUGUUAAAAACAAGAACAAAUUAGCUAUAAGUUAAUGUGAGCAUGUAUUUUUUCUGACUUCUAAUUCAAAUGUGUGGUCUUAAAUGUAAAAAAAAAAACAAAAUAAUUUAUUGGUAUAAAAAAAGAUUUUCCUAAAGAUAAUUAAUUGGUAUAUAUAUAUAAAAAAAGACUCCCAAAAUUCAAGCUAAAACAAAAUGAGGAAUUUUAAGUAGUUAUUCUUUGCCUGUUAAACACAACAAAAAAGCUAAGCAACUCUUUUUCAAAACUAAAACUAAUUAAGAAAUUACUGGUUAAAAACGAUAACUUGAUGUCCAUAAACAAAAAACGAAACACUACUUAACAAAACUUACUUUAUCAUGCUAAAUUAAAGAAAAAAUAUAUAAUUAAAUGUAAAAUGACUGUAUUUAUGAUGAGAACAGAAAGAAAAACAUUAUCGAGAGAAACUGCAUAAAUAAUUUCCUUAUACUUGGCACACCACCAACACCCUCCUUGAAUGCUAGUUAAGAAGAGACCCCAAUCCUAAUAAAAAUAUAUAACUAUUACUGAUCCUUUUUUAUUAUUUUGCUGAUUCGAUAUGCGCUUUUUCUAUAUAUACAAAAAAUACCUAAACUAAUUAACUUUGUAUUAAAACAAAUGACAAGAAAUUUAAGGUUUCUUCUCUCUCUCUCUUUUGUGUAUUUUCCAAAUGCUUCAAUGCUUGUGAACAAAAAUAAAAUAAAGUAACUUUUCAUUGAAAAAUAAUGCCUUGUUAUAUAAUUUAUCAAUAUAUUUUUAAAUUUUGAAUCUUUUUGUUAACCGCAAGUAUUAAAUUUCACCCAACAUAUGCCCCUGCAAUAACAAAUGACAUCACUUCAGUUUUUUUUUUUUUUUUUUUUUUUUGGACUCGAUAGCUGAUUUCUUCGUCAAGAGGUAGUUGGUACCCGAUACCCGAAGUAUUCAUGUACCAGUUGCUAAGUUAUCGGAUAUCGAUUGUUAGUUCCUUUUAUUGUUAUUUUCUUCUAGUGGUUUGUGCGUAUUAUAGCUGUAUGUUGUUUUUCUUAAUGAAUUUGCACAAUUCAUUAAAGUGUUCGCUGGAGAAGGUUUUGAGAAUCGCAGGACAUACAAAGAUUUGAUGAUUGUCGGUGUUUGGCAUGUUGCAGAUUUCGCAUAUGUUGGAAUUUUCAGCUUUUAUCAAAAACAGGAGUGAGGUUGGUGCCGGCAAACCAGUGACGAGUUGGCGGUUCAGGAAAAAAUUGGGAGAAGUGUUGAAAGACUAAUGAAUAGCCAUCCUUUAUGGCCAGCUUAGUGGUUAUGGGUGCCCCGACUUGGGCUGCGCAUUUUGCAAAGGAGUCUGCCCGUUCAUUAGCAGGAAUACCAAUAUGCGAGGGAGUCCAAAUAAAGGAUGUGAGUCGUCUGUGGGGACUGUGAUUUUGGUUCCUGUUAAUAAGCUGCUUGUUGCAAAUGGGAGCAGUGACUGCUGGAAACUUUUUAGUACAUUUAAGCCUUCUGUGCUAUUAAGAGAUAGAAAUUAUCUUGGCUGAAGGUGGGCUUGGAAGGCGAUAUUUGGAUUGGAUCGGCAAUGGCGUGACGUAUUUGGAUUCUGGGUGAAGCAACUUGGCUAUAUUUUGUUUUUGUAACUCUUUUGUUUAUUUCCUCAUAAACACUUCUUUUUGG